AUGACCAGCUUGAUGGACGAGAUCACCGCCGCCGCUCUGACUGCUUACAAACGGCCCGAUUCCGUGAAGGAAAACGAAAUCGAAGACCACUCCAAAAAUGAUGACAUUUCACCAUCCUCCUCAACCGAGAAAACGAAAAAAAUUGUGGCAAAAAAGAAGCCAAGUCUAUUGCAGCAGCUUUUCGCUUCGUUGAAGCGCUUCGAUCCAACCCCGGAACAACAGAAAUGGAGGGAAUUCAACGAGAAAAAGAGGAAAUUUCUCGCACGGCUACCGACUUUAUUCCAGCUGAAAAAGGCCAAAAUGCUGUCGGAUCGGAAGAAAAAUUUGGGAUUUUAA